AUGGGACUUUUAGGUCUUACAGCGCCUGAGGUGUAUGGUGGAUUGAAUCAUGGAUUUCUGGCCCAGUGUUUGGCCGUGGAAGAAUUAUCGCGAGCAUCCGGUUCCGUUGGGCUAAGCUAUGGAGCCCAUGCGAACUUGUGCGUCAAUCAAUUGGUACGCCAUGCAAAUAAUGAACAAGCAAAAAGGUAUUUACCUGGUGUAAGUCUGUUUUUCUGGAAAAAAGACGCAGUAAUUUUGAAAAUAGAUUGA